GUGGCAUGCGCAGUGUCUCGCUGGUGUGGAACUAUUAUUCUACAGUAUCUCAUAUCCGUUGUCGCACGGAACUCGAUUUUUCCGAAAAUAAUCAUGAAAUAACGUCACAACAGUUAUCCUAAUACCUACUGGGAAUAAUUCCAGUGAAAUGGGCAAUAAUUUUUGCCGGGAAAUGCUGCGAGGCGCUUACUAAAAUUUCGCUCCCGUCCUUUCUCGUGGUGUCAAAACAUAAAGAUGGUGAACCGGUCGAAGGGUCAUGUCUGCCAAAUAUGGAAGGCACGGUAAACUUUGCGAUUUCGGACCAAAGGCGAAACUAAUGGCGAAGAUUUAGAGAGAAAGGAGUUGACAACCAUGGAAAAUGCUUGUUCAUCAAAAUCGGAGUCUAGUUCCGAUGUUCAAGAUCAGGAUUUCAGGACUUUUAGCCAAGACCGAGACGAGCUGCGCGCCGUACUUGAGAAAGAGAAUUUGUCGCAUCUGAACUGCUAUUUCCCUGAUUGCGCUACGCUGGGAUAUUUCAAGGCACUGACUGAAGAUGAUCUGGAACACGACUUAAAGAUUAAAGAUGAGAGCGAGAGGGUUCGAUUAAUGCACUGUGUAAUCAAACUGAGAGAUGAGGAUUUGGACGAACAAGACAAUGAAGAGUCUGAUCCAGAAAUUGGGAACUGUAGUCUGAAUAACGAGACUGAAGUCUUUGUCUCCUCAACUCUACCCAAGAACUUCAGGUUUUCCCGUAACCGGCUAUCAGAUGACUUUGGGGGAAGAUGGAGGGGUGACAGUUUCAGUCAGUCUGCGAGAUAUGAAGAAACCUCGAACUUGGUUCGGAUGAGAGCUAAUCCCUCUCUUGGGAAUUCAGAGCCCAACUUAUCAGGGAGCUGUGGUGACCUUAGUCGGCGCAUGAGUGUCUGUAACACCGCAACCCGUAAGCAGACCAAGAGCUUUGUGGCGACAAGCUCUUCUCCAUCACGUUCCUCCGCACCCUACCCCCCUGCUUCACCAGGCUCUCUGGGCUCUGAUAGUUCUGGUGGGAGUCCAAACUGGCCCAUAACAAGUGCAUCCCAUUUCAAGUUCUCAAAUUUCCGGAAGGCGGACAGCUGUCGAAGAUGGUCAGUAGCUUCCCUGUCAUCUGGAUAUGGGACUCACACGCCUUGUUCUUCAUCCUACUCGUCAUUGGCUUCCUCCCAAGAAAAGCUUCAGUUUCAGAUGGGUCCAUCCUCAUACACAGAUGACUACAACUAUGCAGCCCAUUUGAGUGCUGAUAGUGAUGCUGAGGAGGAAAUAGGAUGGAAAUCUCCCAAACCACGGCAAAGAUCAAGAAGUCUCAGUCCGAACAGAAGCUUUGGGAGCCAGGAAGAUGAACUGCAACUGCUUAACAAUCUUUACAAGGAGAGGUUCCCCAAUGCUGUCAAACAGAUGGAAGCUAAGUUAAUGGAAUUUGUUGAAGACUACACCAGUGAGACCUGGGGCAGUGUGUUCGGUUGUGAUGGUGUUCUGAACUUUGUUUGGCAUCAGGUGAUAGAAUCUGCCAGAGAUGUGCUCCUUCAGUCUCAAGAGAGUUCUCUGACGAGCAGACACUUUUAUGAGCUGUCUGAGAAGAUGGAAAGACUGCUGUAUGAGGCUAAACAGAAGACGGAGGUGGACAUGACUCCUGUCAGAAGGCUCAUGAGAAAGCUCCUGGUUAUCGUCUCCAGACCAGCCCGCUUACUGGAAUGUCUGGAGUUCAACCCAGGUGAGUACUACAGUAUGCUGGAGCAGGAAGGCCAGCAAAUGAACAGCGAAUGCCCAGAAAAACUGGAUAUUACAAACUAUGUGAAGGCUAGACUUGGUCUAGAUGAAGAAGGAAGGACUACCGAGCCUGAUGACAUAACAGAUGAGAUUGAUGACAGUACAGACUCUGUCACACCCACCUAUACAACUUCCCACCUUCCCACAGAGGAGGACUUUGACUACAUCAAACUCAUUAGUAAUGGUGCAUUUGGGGCUGUGUAUCUUGUCAGACAUAAGGAAACUCAAACAAGAUUUGCUAUCAAGAAGAUAAACAAGCACGCUAUGCUGCACAAAAAUCAGGUUGAACAAGUAUUUGCUGAAAGAGAUAUUCUCACUUUCGCUGAGAAUCCUUUUGUUGUGGGCUUAUGGUGCUGUUUUGAGACCAAGAAACAUCUCUGCAUGGUCAUGGAAUAUGUGGAAGGUGGAGACUGUGCGUCCCUGCUGAAGAACAUCGGAGCUCUGCCUGCUGAUCUAGCAAGAAUGUAUUUUGCUGAGACUGUUUUAGCUGUGGAGUAUCUUCAUAGCUAUGGGAUUGUACACAGAGACAUCAAGCCAGACAAUUUGCUCAUCACAUCACUUGGUCACAUCAAGCUCACAGAUUUUGGUCUAUCAAAAAUCGGUCUGAUGAAUAGUACCACCCGGAUGUAUGAGCACUCGCUUGACCGUGACACCAAGCAGUUCAUGGAUAAGCAAGUGUUUGGCACGCCUGAUUACCUCGCCCCGGAGGUGAUCUUGCGCCAGGGGUAUGGGCGUGCCGUGGAUUGGUGGUCUAUGGGUAUCAUUCUCUAUGAGUUCCUGAUGGGUGUGCCACCCUUCUAUGGGGACACCCCAGAGGAGCUCUUUGCUCACACUCUUAGUGGUGAUAUUGAAGGUCUAGAUGGUGAAGACGCUCCGCCAGAUGAUGCUGUAGACUUAAUCCGAGGUCUGUUGGAGCAAGACCCGACACAAAGACUUGGAAGUGCAGGGGCCCUGGAGGUGAAAGAGCAUCUCUUCUUUACGGGUCUGGACUGGACUGCCUUGCUCCGUCAAAAAGCAGAGUUCAUCCCACAGCUAGAUGGCGAAGAUGAUACGAGUUAUUUUGAUUCGCGUUCCGAACGCUACAACCAUAGCUUUGAGACAGAUGAUGAUGAUGACACAGAUGACAUUCCUGACUUUAGUAACUUCUCCACAUGCUCGCCGCGCUACUCACGCAUCCUUGCCUCCCCCGGACCUUCCAGCCCUGCUUCAGACUCAGACAAGUCCCCAGGGCGGGAGCGAUCCGGGAGCUCACCCCCUACCAUCCGCCGCCAUGGGCCGGUUAUCAGCAAUGUGGACGGCAAGGAUGAUGCUUCGGUCAUACCACGGCCACGCCCACGCAGCGAUAGUGGCUUCUCAAUCGGCGUGAGGAGCCCAAGUACUUCACCUCUAUUUGACUCGCCAGGAACUCCGCCGACCCCACCCACAGUUCGACUGCGGAAAAAAGAAUCCGCCUCUCGCAUACCGCCACCUCUUCUGACCACCAUGUCCCUUGAUACCCCACUGGCCGAGGCCCCUGCCCCACCCCCAACCACACCCACAAGUGCAGGCGCUCCUCUCAGUAGCCCACCUUCAGCCGCGGCCGUGGCCAAAAAGCUGCCAGAGCAUAAACCCAUGGAGCUACGGGUGCAAAUCCACCGAACCAUGUCUUUACCACCCGAUGCUGGCCGCGGCAGACCUUCUGUCCCAAAACUUGAGCUUCCUGCCUCAGACGAUGAGAUGCGUCUACACAUCAGUACUGACAGCCCACCCAUGUCCCCCCGCUACGAUGCCCCGCCCAUGUCCCCCCGCAGGCGCCGCACCAGCACCGUGUCUUUGUCUCUCAGGCCGCCAAUAGUGCUCGAGAAGGGACCUCGUGGUUAUGGCUUUACUCUGCAAGCGAUUCGCGUGUACUACGGUGACACAAACUACUUUACCGUGCACCACCUUGUGUCGGGUGUCGACCAUGGAAGCUCAGCGUUUGAGGCGGGUCUACGGCCUGGUGAUCUGCUGACCCACGUUAAUGAUGAGUCCGUGACGGGACUAAACCAUCGCCACGUGGUGGAACGUAUCUUGUGCGGCGGUACCAAAGUCAAACUGAAUGCCACCGAGCUCUCCAAGACCUCCAUCAAGAGCGGAGGUCGUAGACGUACACCGUCUGCUGGCAAACGCGUGAGGAAAAGACACUCGAUCCGCCGUAGCCGGCGCAAUACCACAUCGCCUACUCAGGCGGCGGGGCCUAGCCCUGAACACGUGGAAAAGACACCAAAGAAGCGGCCAUUUUGGAAGCCGUUCUCCCGGAGGAAAGGUCAAUCCCCUUCCACGUGCCUGCGCAGGAGUAGCUCCCUUAAACGGAUGAGCUCGAUUGAGGGCAAACGCCCAAGCUCGCCCAAGUUCGGCUCGCCCUCGUUCGAUUUUCGGAACCUCUCGGACCAGUCGUCAUCGUCGUCGUCGGCGCAUAGUAGCGCGGCUUCGUCUCCGAGUUCACCGAACACAAGUGCGCUUGGAAGACCAGGUUCACUACACGGUCUAGUGCCAAAACUGCGUUCCACCCACUCCCCCAGGAGAAAGUACUCUAAUCACGUACCUGUGUCCCCCCUGGCCAGGACACCUUCACCGACGACCUCUCUACCAACUCCUCGAAGUACGUCCCCCCUGACACUCAGAGCGGGCGCAAACUCUCCGCAUUUCGUCACAAUGUCACAAUCCACCAAUCCACGACCGGCGUCGCCUUUGCUACGGCGCGCUCUGUCGCCGGAUUGCCCUGGUCCGGAAAAGUCGGACACGGCGGACACAAAAAGGGACGAAACCCCAGUAAGCAAGAUUGAAACUGUUGUCGAGAAAGAGAAGGAGACCGGGAAGAGAUCAAAAGACUCUGAGAAAAAGUCUAGAGAUCGGUCUAAAAGUCACGAUAAACAUAGUAAGGAACGAGAUAAACAUGGAAAAGACCAUGAUAAACAUGGAAAAGACGAAGAGAAACCUGGGAAAAAUCCUGACAAGCAUGGAAAAGACCACGAUAAACAUGGAAAAGACGGAGAAAAACAUGGUAAAAACCCUGAAAAACACGGGAAAGACCAUGAUAAACAUGGAAAAGACCACGAAACAUGGAAAGAAGCACUAGGGAUAAUUUCAUAAAGAAUAUCUUGGUCUUAAACUGGGCCAGUAGUGAAUGAUGAUAUGUGCUUAAUAGAGUCCUGAUGAAAUUUGUAUUGUAGUCCUGCAUACCUUCUAGCAGGCGAGCUUGUAAAAUGUGUAGCUUUGACGCAUCCGGGCUCUUGAAAUCAAACAGCGCAAAGGAGCAUGGGGUAUCGAUAAUCCUUCCCGUGCUUCUUUGCGCGAUGAGAAGAUAAGAAAGAAGCGGUGAUAGGAAGUGUAACAAUUAUUUACGAGACAAUCAUCCUCGGGGACCCAGGGCGUACUGAGAGUAAACAAGCGUAAUGCCGCUUGCGCUCGUUACGCUUAGCGCUCGUUUCCGCUUAGUAUGCCCUGGGUCCCCGAGGAUGAGAUACAAUGUGUGAUAGUUGCUUGAUCGGCGAUCUGGGUUGUUAGUGGACUAGUUCCUAGGUGUUUUAAGCUUCUUUUGUUGUGUUAUCGAGAGUGUGAUGUCAUAGGGCACCCUCGUCCCAGAUCCCGCGCAUCCUCACUGAUCAUCUCCAAGCACAGGAAACUUCAUAAAAGCACGAGUGGAAACAGUUCGUCUUCAGGUCUAAGCACUGUGUUAAGAAUGGUAUUAUUGGUUAAUGACUGUCAAGCGGAAAUGUGACACUUGUCUAUCAAAGGGUCUAACACUUUAACAAUUGGUAUUUUGCUUGGAUAACAAAAUUCGGUUAGCAUAUAUGGACCGCUCGGUUAGCAUAUAUGGACCGCUCGGUUAAGCAUAUAUGGACCGCUCGGUUAGCAUAUAUGGACCGCUCGGUUAGCAUAUAUGGACGGCUCUGUUAGCAUAUAUGAACCGCUCGGUUAGCAUAUAUGGACCGCUCGGUUAGCAUAUAUGAACCACUCGGUUAGCAUAUAUGGACCGCUCGGUUAGCAUAUAUGGACCGCUCCUCGUCGACAAAAUUUGCUCGGAAACCUCUGGUUUCCAGGGUACUUAUCGGCUGCACAUAUUUCAAGUUAGCCCGGGAAGUCUUUUUGUGACAAUUUUUAUUUGGUUUUGUUUCUUUUCUUGACAAUAAGAGAACGUACAAUAUUUUCAAAUAGAAGAUUCAAAUAGAAGUGUAUUCAUUCUUUUCCAUUGUUGAUUCCAUGUUCCUCACUUCAGUGUGAAAAGGCCUUGAAAGUGUCUCGAUAUCGGCGACCGCUUUUUUGAAGGUGCUAGGUGUAUUUAAAACGAGAGUGUUGUAGAAUUUGUUUUCCCCGCUGUGUGGGAAUUGUAAAUAUUGAGAGAAAAUUACAUGGAGAAA